CGGUGACGAUGCUUUUCAUCAAGCCACCAGACCGUGUGGAUCGUGCUGGAUAUCGGCACACGAUACAUUCGCUGACUUGGUAAGCAUCUCUAAUACUUUUCUCCUUUACCGUCUUCUCUCCCAACCUCCUUGUCCUCAUAUUCCUCCGUCAACCUCUCUUUACUGUUGCUCGCCAUCAACAUGCCUACCGAAUCUCCAUACCCGCGCAUUCAGGUCCCAGAGGUCGGCCUGUGGGACUUUUUGUUUGAGCGAAAAGACAAGCCCUACCCAGAUGACCAUGUCGUAUUCCAAGAUGCAUACUCCAAACGCUCCUACACCUACGCCCAGACACGCAGUACCGCCAUUGACUUCGGCAAAGGCCUCAAGGGUGCAUGGGAUUGGCAGAAGGGCGAUGUCAUUGCCAUGUUCACACCCAAUUCGAUUGACACCCCAAUUGUCAUGUGGGGUGCCCAUUGGGCAGGAGCAACUGUUUCUCCAGCCAAUCCUGGAUACAGUGUCGACGAGCUGGCCUUCCAAUUGAAAGAUUCGGGCGCAAAGGCUCUUGUCACACAGUGGCCCGUUAUCGCAACCGCACGGGCAGCCGCAAAGAAGGUCGGUCUACCGGAAGAUCGAAUCAUUCUGAUCGGCGACCAAAGAGAUCCCGAAAUGAAGGUCAAACACUUCACCAGCAUCCGUAAUACCUCGGGUACCAAUCGCUUCCGCCGCACAAAGGUCGACCCUGAGAAAGACCUGGCUUUCUUGGUAUACUCCAGCGGCACUACUGGCCUGCCCAAGGGUGUCAUGUUGUGCCAUCGUAACAUUGUUGCCAACACGCUUCAAGUUGGCACAGCCGAAGGUCCCUUGUCUCCGAAAGACAGAAUUCUCGCCUUCCUUCCAUUCUUCCACAUCUAUGGUUUGACUGUCAUCUUGCACAUGAGCUUUCACAAGGGCUGCAGGACAGUCGUUAUGCCAAAGUUCGACAUUGAGGACUUCUGUCGCAUUACCCAGGAGGAGAAGAUCACAUUCAGUUACGUUGCUCCACCAGUAGUCCUGCUUUUGAGCAAGCACCCUGUUGUUGAAAAGUAUGAUUUGAGCACAAUACGCAUGAUGAACUCGGGUGCUGCACCUUUGACCAAAGAGCUUGUGAAUGCAGUUUACGAACGCACCAAACUGAAGGUCAAGCAGGGUUAUGGUUUAAGUGAAACUUCUCCCACUACACACACUCAGCAAUGGGAUGUCUGGCACAGUACUGUUGGCAGUGUCGGUAUCUUACUGCCUAAUAUGACUGCCAAAUACAUGUCGCCAGAAGAGACCGAAGUACCGGUCGGAGAGGUUGGCGAGCUGUGGCUGAAAGGACCUAACAUUUUCAAGGGCUAUCUGAAUAACGCUGAGGGUACAGCGAAUGCAUUGACCUCAGACGGCUACUUCAAAACUGGUGAUGUCGGCUAUCAAGACAAGGAUAACAACUUCUUCAUCACCGAUAGAGUCAAGGAGUUGAUCAAGUACAAGGGCUUUCAAGUACCGCCAGCAGAAUUGGAAGGAUACCUCGUCGCACACGAAAAGAUCGAUGAUGUUGCCGUCAUUGGCAUCUACAGAGAGGAUCUUGCGACUGAAGUCCCUCGGGCAUAUGUCGUACCACGCAAGGGCGUGGAAGCCGGCAAGGCUCUCGAGGACGACAUUGUCAGCUGGAUCGGCGCAAAGGUCGCAAAUCACAAGAAAUUGAGAGGUGGUGUCAGAUUUGUAGAUCAAAUCCCGAAGAGUAUCAGUGGAAAGAUCUUGCGACGAGUGUUGAAGGUGCAAGCUGAAGAAGAGGCCGAGAAGGGACAGAAAGCCAAGCUGUAGUUGGUUGUCAUGUAUACACCUUUGGCAUUUGUAUACUAUGAGACGAUGAUUCUGACCAUGAUCUAGAACAC